GACCAGAUGCUGGGAUGUGAUCCUACAAAACGCAAGAUGAUGAAUGAAGGCAAGUCUCUAGCUGAAGCUCUGCAUUCUGCCAAGACCGAGAGUCGUGUCACUGUUGGUGUCUAUGAGUGCGCAAAGAUAAUGAACGAUGAUCCGGACAGCGUGUCUUUCUGCGUUCUGGCUACUGAUGACUUCGAUUGUGACAUCGCUCUCCAAAUUCACUUUACUCUAAUUCAAGCGUUUUGCUUUGAAAACGACAUCAGCAUUGUAAGAGUGAACGACAUCAAAACGCUUGCUGAAAUUGUCGGAGAAAAGGGUCAAUCUGAGGAUUUUCACUGCGUUCUUAUUACGAACUCAAGCGACGGCUCGUGGGAAGACCCUGCUCUGGAGAAGCUGCACAUGUUCUGUGAAGAAAGUCGCAGCUAUAACGAGUGGGUUCCAGAGAUCACUCUCCCUGCACGUUGAUCUGGGACUUUACCCGUCUCUCCUGAGAUGCUGUAAAGCUUAAGGAAUACUCUGCUCAUCCUUUGAUUCAAGGAUGAUGAUGUUUCCACAUCCCUGGAUGCUCCUGAGGAGGCUUAUUACUCCAGGCAGCGCGAGGCAGACCCGAGUGGCCCUCGCGGUUACGUCGCUUCUCGUCUCGUCCAUGCCAAGAUGACCCUCAUUCUUUAUGUGAACGAGGUCAGGUAUGCGACGAGAGCGACAAAAUGGCCCUCAUUCUUUGUGCGGAUGAGGUUUGGAGAGGAAGGAGAAGCGAGUUUUGCGUCUGUGCCACAGAGCAAAUUUCGCAUGCGUUGGACACGCAGAGGACGCGGCGGUGCGUCGAAGCAAAGUUUUUAAAAAUGGACUUAACAUCAUGAACAUUUUUAAAAAUGAAAUUGCUGCACAAUAUAACGUACUUUAUUGU